CUUCCAGUCGAUAACCUUAGAAUCUUCACAGAUUGUCCAACUCUCAGUUUUCGACGAAAACGAGCAAUUGAACUCAGGUCUCAAAAUGGGUAGGAUAAAGAAGAAGGGUGAGGCUGGAAAUGCCAAAAACUAUAUUACACGAACACAAGCUGUAAAGAAACUCCAGAUCAGUCUUCCAGAUUUCCGAAAGCUAUGUAUAUGGAAAGGUAUCUUCCCGAGAGAACCUCGAAAUAAGAAGAAGGCGUCCAAAAGUUCCACAGCCUCAACCACAUUCUACUAUGCCAAAGACAUCCAAUAUCUUCUGCACGAGCCCUUACUGCAGAAGUUCAGAGACCAGAAGGUUCUUGAAAAGAAGAUUUCUAGAGCGCUUGGUCGUGGCGAUGUUGGCGACGCAAGCAGACUUGAGCGCAAUGCUGCAAGACCCGAAAAGACAGGCAAACCGCGAUAUACUCUCGACCAUGUUAUCCGAGAACGAUACCCGACCUUUGUCGACGCCUUGCGCGAUCUCGACGACUGUCUCUCUAUGCUUUUCCUCUUCGCCAACCUCCCAUCUACGUCUACUGUCCCUGCUAAGAUGAUUGCGCGAUGCGAACGGUUGUGUCUGGAAUUUCAGCACUACUUAAUCGUAUCCCAGAGCUUGCGCAAGUCUUUCUUAUCUAUCAAGGGUAUCUAUUACCAGGCGAGCAUUCAGGGCGAAGACAUCCUAUGGCUCGUCCCUUACAAAUUUAACCAGCGAGUGGUAGGAGACGUGGAUUUCAGAAUUAUGGGUACCUUCGUCGAAUUCUACAUGACCCUUUUGGGUUUUGUCAACUUUAGAUUAUACACCUCCGUUGGCUUGAAGUACCCACCUAAGUUCGACCAAGCUAAAGAUGAGAAAGCUGGUGAGCUUGGCGCCUUCCAACUCGAGGGCAAUGCGACUGCCAUUACGAAUGAAGCCCCUGCGCAGGUGACAAACGGCGACGCGGAGGCUGGACCGGAUCCAAAGACCCAGGCUGAAGUUAACAAGCUUAUCAAGGAAAUGAGAGAAGUUGACGUCGAUGGAGAACGCGAGGCUGAAGCGGAUAAGGACGAAGCUGCGACUGAUGCGAUCGACAAAUUUGAGCCGGCUGCACCAGGCGGUGAUGUUCUGCCUCAACCUACCUACUCGGGUAACGAGCCUGAAUCCUUGUUCGCGAACUGCACAUUCUACCUGUCUCGAGAAACUCCAAGACAGCCAAUAGAAUUCAUACUCCGCGCAUUCGGCUGCAAACGUAUUGGCUGGGAUGCUGUACUAGGCGAAGGCGCGUACACGACGGACGAGCGCGAUCCGUCUAUCACACAUCAAAUCGUUGACCGACCAGUUAUACAGGCUAGUGUGCAAGAAGAGGGAGAUGGUGAGGAUAAUCAGACAUCGCAGAAGCUCGCAGUUAACCAGAGAAUGCCUGGUCGAACAUACGUGCAACCGCAAUGGGUUUGGGAUAGUAUAAACGACGGCGAAAUGAAACGACCAGACCUCUAUGCCCCUGGAGCUUCAUUGCCGCCUCAUUUAAGUCCAUUCGUGCAAAAUACCCAAGGAGCAUACGACCCAACGAUACCGCUAGAAGAGCAACAAACCGAGGGCGAAGCAUUGGAGGAUAGCGAAGAAGAGGUAGACGAAGACGAGGCUGACGAGGAUGAGGAAAUGGGAGAUAACCUUGCUGUCAAGAGCAUGAAAGUUGCUCAGUCCGACGAUGAAGAUGAAGAUAGCGAUAAUGGCUCAUUCGGAGGUUUCUCGGACGAUGAGAAAGAGGCCAAUGGGGACGACGCGAAUGAAUCGGAGGAUGAUGAGCAAGCUGCUGAGCUGCAAUACCAACAAGAACUCGAAGCUGAACUGACGGGCAAGCCGAUUAAACAAACCCCCUUAAAUCCCCAAGCGAAAGCUAAGGUGGAGGCAAGGAAGCGACUCGCGAAACAAGCUAAAGAGGAGGCAGAAGACCUUGAAAGGGCAAAGGGAAUGCUUAGCAAAAAGAAGAGAAAGCUAUUUGAACAGAUGCAAUACACCAACAACAAGAAGAGCGCAGAGGACCAGAAGCUCAGGGAAAAGAGGAGAAAACUAGAGAAGCAAAAAGCUAGGGCAAAGGCGUAAUGGUUCAGAUAGAGGUCUUUCUGGUAGUUAUUCUGAUAAUACUAUUACAAGUGUUUUUGCAACGUUUA